AUGGUGCCUACGACCGCUGACAUAUUGGCCGGCUUCCUCGACCUCCCCGGCGAGCUUCGAAAUUACAUAUAUGAGUUCAUCUUAUUGCAGAAGGAGCCUCUGAAUCCUUUCGUCUAUUAUACGCCACAAGCAAACCUCACAACGGGUCUGUUCCGUGCGAACAGGACUAUCUACCGCGAAACUACCUUGUUCCUCUAUUCUAGGAAUGUCUUUGAUGUCACCAACGCCGGGCCUGGGCAAGUCUCUUCGUUUAUCGGGCGCAUUGGAAACAUCAAUGCCGGCUAUAUUCGUCACAUAAUAACCACCUUUCCGAGCUUUCUGGAUUUGAACCCUGGCGAUGUAACAUUCGAGGAUGACAGCUCUAAAACCCUCAAAAUGAUCCAAGCCGCUUGUACUGGCCUGAGCACACUUGAGACCUCUCUGGAUAGCACAAACUCAAUGGAGCUCAGGCUUGACAACUUAGACCACCACAAGCUUGCCACCGAAGCGCUAGAACUAGUCAACACUCAUUUCAGAGCCAUCCCAUCUAUACAAGAAAUAAUUCUUAAUGUCUUUGAGGACGGUCCAAGUGACUAUCUCAGAAGCAUAAUGACGAGUUACGGGUGGACGAUUAAAACGACGGAAUACGAGGAAGAAGAGGAGGAUGACAGGGGUUAUUACGACUUCGACUAUGAUGAUUAUCACUAUGACUACAGCAGUGGUGAUGAGUAUGACAUUGACAAUGAUAGUGAUUUUUGGAGGAGAGCAGCAGACUGA